GUGAUGGUGUUUUCUAUUACGGGGCCACAGCAUCUGCGUGUCCUGGAGGCAUUCUUCGACGGACAAAAUCUCAUUGUGCGACAGACACGGCUCUACGAUUUGAGAGAGUAUGAUGCAGAGGUCAUAGAUUUACUCACCCGAUGGUGGCUGGGAUUUGCAGUUGGGGAAACCAAGUCGAUCCCCAGUGCCCUUCUUGCUCAGCUGGAGCGUCACAAAUGAUACCUGACAUGGAGUUAAGGUGGUUUGAUCUGUGGUACAUAUGGAUUUUAUUGCAGCGGUGUUUGGCGUUGUGAAGAUACGCAGAGUAUUGGGUUUUAUUCAACGUGAUGCAACGAUGACCUGUUUAUUGCAGUAAUCCCCUCUUCCAUUCUCCAACUGUAGCAGACAACCAGGUGCGUAUUCAAGGGCCAAUAAAUACAGUCGAUACCAGAGGGAGAGGGUCGUGAGAGUCAGGUUAUCUAUCGAGAGGCUCAUCUUUCA